AUGUACAAUACAAGGCCCAAUGCCGCGUUCAAACCACCAAGAAUUAUUGGAAAAGACGAGAACAGUGUGAACGGUGUAAAUGGCGUGAAUAACGCGUCCUUGUCGGCCAUAACAAAACGUUAUCCUGGCUUGAAAAGAGUUAAUCGAAACGCGUCUGAAUCUCCAACUAAAAAAGUAUGCUCAUCGGCCUCGGCCUCGGCCUCAGACUGCAAUGAGGUCACCAAGUAUAUUGUCCAGUGGAGGAAAAAAACCAAUAAGAAGAAUAAAAGUUGGGAUGGUGAUGGAAAGGCCACAGUCAAGCUUGUAUCUCAAGGUUGUGAAAUUGUCUUGAAGAACUCCGAUGGGAAAAUUAUGAGCAAAAAGACAUUCAACCAACUAUUAAACUUGAACGAUGUUAUUCCCAUUGGAUUAUACGAGAUAAUUCUUGAUGAAAAAAUCGAAACUGAUACCAGUCCUACAAGGAAAAGCAAUUUAUCUUGUUCAGAUGAAAUGCAGAGUAAUCCAUCACUACCAAAGAGUUUUAUUAAAGUUGCACCCACCAACCACGAAGAAACCUUGAAAAAACACGUCCCGUUAUAUGACACCAAAGAGAAUGAGUUCCAGUUAAUACCGCCACCGCUGGAAGAGGAGCCUGUGAAAGUAACUAUCGAUCCGCAUCUUGCAUCGAAGUUGAGGCCUCAUCAAGUUGAAGGCGUAUCCUUCAUGUAUGAAUGUGUUAUGGGCUUUCGCGACUUUGAAGGAAAUGGAUGUUUGCUAGCUGAUGAAAUGGGGCUUGGUAAAACCUUGAUGGCGGUAACUACUAUAUGGACUUUGCUCAAGCAAAACCCCUAUCCCAAUCAGAAAAAGACAACCGUUGAUAAAGUAUUGAUUGUAUGUCCCGUUACUUUAAUAAGCAACUGGAAACACGAGUUCAAAAAAUGGUUGGGAUCAAAUAAAUUGAACAUACUAACCUUGAACAAUCCCAUGUCAGACGAUAAGCGUGAUAUCAUAAAUUUUGGGAAGCUUCAUGUAUACCAAGUGCUAAUAAUCAACUAUGAAAAAAUACUCGCGCAUUUUGAUGAAUUGUCUACAGUCAAUUUCGACCUUUUGGUGUGCGAUGAAGGGCACAGACUAAAGAAUAGCUCAAACAAAGUGCUAAUCAAUUUGAAAAAGUUGAACAUUCCAAAAAAGAUUAUACUAACGGGUACUCCAAUACAAAAUUAUUUGGAGGAAUUUCACACAUUGAUCUCCUUCAUCAAUCCUUCUGUUUUGCCUGAUAUUAAGACUUUCCAAAGAAAGUUUAUCCUUCCUAUAACACAAGCAAGGGAUAAAAACUGUUUCAAUACAGAAAUCAAAAGAAAAGGUGAGGAGCUCUCAAAAGAACUAAUCCGGUUGACUCAUAAGUUUAUACUACGUCGAACACAGUCGCUACUUGAAAAUUAUUUAACAUCAAAAACAGACAUCCUAUUGUUUGUUCCUCCAACUCGACUUCAAUUAGACCUUUUUGAGCUAGUAAAGAAGUCAGACAAAUUUAACCAGUUGGAUUGCGGACUGAUUUCAUUAGCGUUGAUAAAUGUGUUUCGCAAAAUUUGUAAUUCCCCAUCAUUACUAUCAACUGACGAGUUUUUUCAUAAAAUAACAAGCAACAAUAACAAUAAUCUCAGACUUUCUACAAGCUCGGGUAAAAUUAAUGCUCUCAUUCCAUUACUACUAGAAAUUGUUUCGCUUAAUGAGAAAACAGUGCUUAUUUCAAACUACACCAAAACUUUGGAUUUGCUAGAACUUGUUUUGAAAAAGCUCAAUUUGCACUAUACUAGGCUAGAUGGAUCAACACCAAAUAACAUGAGAAAUAAACUUGUUACAGAGUUCAAUAGCUCCAAAGAAAUACACGUGUUUUUGUUAUCUUCCAAAUCAGGAGGCAUGGGAAUCAAUUUAGUUGGUGCUUCGCGUUUAAUAUUGUUUGAUAAUGAUUGGAAUCCUUCUACUGAUCUCCAAUCAAUGUCUAGAAUACAUAGAGACGGUCAACUGAAACCUUGCUACAUCUACAGAUUAUUCACAGCAGGGUGUAUUGAUGAAAAGAUAUUUCAGCGACAAUUGGUGAAAAAUAAGUUGUCAUCGAAAUUUCUUGAUAAUGAUAGUGCCUCUAAAACGGACGUGUUUGAGCAAGAGGAUUUAAAGAAGAUAUUUGAAGUGGACUCUACAACAAUAUCAAAUACACAUGACUUGCUAGAAUGCCCUUGUCAUGGCGAUGGAUCCAGCUUGACGCAAGAUGAGGUCCUCACAGAUGAUAACGAUGAGAGCGAGGAAUUUCAAGUAAAAGCUACUCAAUCUUGGGUGUCAGCCACUGAGUUGCAACAAACAAUGAAACAGAAUGUAGAUGUGGAGAAGAAUAUAGUGAGAAGCGCUUUAAAUGAUUACCAGCACUACGACCCUGAGGUAACUUCACAGUUUCAAUUCGACAACGUGUUGCAAAAAAUGUUCAAUAACCAAUUAUCAGAUCGCAAGUUUCCAAUCACAUUUGUGAUGAAAAAAAGCACUGGGUAG